CUAUUCUGAUACCUCGUCCGUGAUAAUACAUUGGGUGUCAGAUCUGCUUCUAUACCUCCUCUAUGGUAUUGUGAUGUGGUUUCGUUUGUCUAUCAGCCUAAACUGCUGGCUCUUUGCCAUCCAGUGGCAUCCAGCUAUCAGUAGAGUUCAAUCACUGUCGUGUCGUGGAGUCCGAUAACGAUAUUGAAAAUUUGAGACCAACAUCGAUAUAUAAUUCGAUGUAUCAAUCGACGUAGUAACAGCAAGUAGCAACUAUCAUAUUUGAUUCGCAACGUACUUCACUGUGUUUGGUAUCGGUAACCGAGACAUAUAAGUUGAAUCUCAUUUCUAUUUUUCACAAAACGAACAGAAUGUCACGAAAACGUAAAUUAUCGAAUGAAAGGAAAAGAUGUCGUAUCUGCCUAGUUGACGACGGUUGCAUGAGCGAUCUUUUCAAUGAAGUUAUACGACCAAAACUGAAUGAUCUCAUUAAGUGCACCUCUAUUCAUAUUAAGGAUGAAGACGGUCUGCCAAACACUCUCUGCCACGUAUGUUUAUAUAAAUUGGAUUUGUGGCACGAGUUCAAGGAGCAGUUUAUACAGUCGAAUAAAAUGUUGAUAGAGCAUUUGGAUUUUAUAGGAAAUCCUGACAAUAUGAUUACAAAGCCUUUUGUGACCUGCGACAAUCUGCAACAGAGCGGGCAAGAUAGUCUCUCUGACUCUGUUGAAAAGAAACUAAAGACCGAAGUGCCGCCGCUAAUACCAUUAGAAUACACGAAUGUCGAUUGUGUAAAGGAUGAAACAAAAUUAAAGGACCUAUACAUAUCCGAAGAUGAUGUGACAUCCUCCAAGGAUUCCUCGCAAAGGCUGAACGACGGGUCCGAUGACGAUAAAGACAAGAGCAAGGAAGAAUUUCUAAAUAAAGAUGAGAAAUCGAAAUCGUCGCUGAUUCCCACGAAGUCAAAACUACUGACGGGUAAACGCAGCAAAACCAUGGAACAGAGAAAAGCCUCUACCAAAAGAUGGGUUGCCAGGAAAAGAGCGCUUUUAGCAGCGACUGGAGAAAGCGUAUCCGACACAGACUCCUUGGCUUCGGAUGAUACUCAAUUAUCGCCGGUUCAGAAAGCGAGAGCGAAAACGAUUAUGGACAAAGAAAGCGAAAAGCACAAGAGGAUGCCAAUGACUCUGAAACAAUUGGAAACUAUCAUGUCGAAUAAAUAUAAUAUUGAGCCUGACAGCAACGAUUUUAGAUGCAUAGAUUCCACGGACUCCGACUCGCGGAAAGCAAAGUCUUCGAAAGAUAUUAAUUCCGACAUCUCUUUAACCGAAAGUAAAAACACGAAAGACUCCGCAGAACUGGACGUAAAGAAACAUAAAUUCCCGGAGGAUGAUUCGAACGAGAAAGAAAAUUCUUUAUUGCUGAUGCUGGAGAACUCUAUGACGGAAACGUCAGCCAAGAAAAGCGACAUUGAAAUCGUCGAGGACACGUUCACCCCCUGUUCAGUGAAAUCUGAACUAGAAGUCGGCGAUGCCACAUACAUAGUUACUUCUACUUUGAUGCUCGCAGAACCGCUGAGUAAAAUAAGCUCCAACAAUCUAUCCGAAGGGCAAAAGGACAAUGGUGUGGAACAUAAUUCUCAGGAGAAGAACACCGAUAUCAUCGACGCUGUGCAGCUUCGUAGAAUAAAUCCAGUUCCAACUGAUUCCACUGACAAGAAAUGCAUCGAGAGGUGUUUAAACAUAGAAGUAGAGGGAACGGAGAUAGAGUCCCUGAAACUCGUGCAAUUGGAGAUAGCAGGCUUCGUGGAAAAGGAGAUCAAGCCCAGAAUAUUUGGGAUAGCCAACAACGAUAAAGAGAAUGAAAGAAGGAACGGCUGCAAAAGUUCUUACCAAACGCUGGACCAACAGCUGAAAAAUAUAAUUGAAAAAACCAUAAAGAAAAAUUUCGAAUCUUCCAUGAUGAGGAGCUGCGGAUCAGUGCUCAACACCAAUGUGAAAUCCAGAAGCAUUUCUCCCACAUUGAUCGAAGAGGCAGAGAAUUCAAAGAAGUAUCAGCCGAAGGUUGUUUUAAAGCGUUUAGACGUAGUCAAAGAGACUAAACAACGAAAUAUUAAUAAUAUUCAUCUUAUAAUUAAGCGUACUGUUAAAAACAAACUUGGUGGACCGUUUAGUAUGGUGUCUCACAAACGACAGAGCGUUCUGCCGAUUAGGUAUAACGAUUACAAUACUUCCCCUCUGGACUCGGACUCUAACAUGUCGGACGAAAUAGAAACUUGCGAAGGAUCUAAGCCAGAAGCUGAAAACAGUGUCCACAAAUCGGAAGAGAUUGUGAAGAAGCAAACUGCAGGAUUGCAAAAUGAGGAAUCUAAAUCAGAGAUCAAUGGUACAGCAAUCAAACUUGCUAUUAGCAAUGAAAUAAAAGUAGAAAAUCAAGACAUUAAAAUCAGUUCUCCUCUAGAUGAGAAGCAUACCUGCGGCGUUUGCGAGCAGUCGUUCAACAGUCGUAACGAGGUUGCAGCCCAUGUUAGAAUGCACAAAUCUGAGUCUUCUGCUAGACAAAGCAAGCACAAAAUGAUGAGAUGCAAACGGUGCCACGAGAUAGUUGAGGCAAAAUUCGUGAAAUCUCACGUGUGCAAGUCUACGAAGCAGCAGCUGCAUAAGUGCUACGUAUGCAACUCGACUUUUAGGACUGAGAAGCUGCUGGUACGGCACUUGGAGAGCCACGAUCAGUCCGAAUUCAAUAUAGAGAACAUAACUAAAAAUUCAAAGGAUGUAGGACACGAUAAAUCGGAAAAGACUCAGUCGAAGACGGAGAAUAUAUUUGAAGUGAAGUCAGAGAUUUCGCCAGAUCAGAGCAGUAUUCAGUUAACUAAGGGAUUGAAAGAGGAUGUACAAGAACCCUCGAUGUCAAAGAAGACAUAUACAUGUUUUGUUUGCGAUAAAAUAUUCACAGACGACGAAGUGCUGAAGGAUCAUUUGCAAAAGCACUGCAACGACAUGAGCGAGGAUGACCAGAGCAUCGGUAAAGAACAAUAUCAAUGUGCAAUCUGUGGGAACACGUUGGACUCUGAGGAUGCGCUCGAGGCACAUGUUGAGAAGCAUCUGUUUGACGAAGAAGACGACAAUCCUAAUCUUAUCAAUAUCGCAAAUGAAACCGAGAAAUCUGGAGAUGACUCCUCCUAUCAUUGUCUUCAAUGCACAGCCUCCUUCAAUUCGGAGAUGCUUUUGGAAAUGCAUAUGCAGGCACAUGAAGAAGAGGCUGCAAUCGCGGAAUGGGAGAAGCAGGGGAUAAAAGCUACCGAGUACCAAUGCAUGAUAUGUGAUGAACUCUUUGAGAACGAGGAAGAGCUAUCCGAUCAUUUAGAUAUUCAUAAUGAGAACGCUUAUGUGUGUCAGUUGUGCGAAAAACCGUUCACCAGUCUGGAGGAUUUGCAGACACAUGUUGCAACGCAUUGAUGAAGUUUAAUAAGCAUCCCUGAGAUUGCAAGUUAUAUAAGAUACUUUGUAUACAGGGUUUCACAUUAUUCAUGGUACAAGAGGUUUUUACAGCAAAAACUGCAUUGUAAACGUAGAAUAACAUUUAAUUCUACAUUUUUGAGUGUGAAAUAUUGGGACACCCUGUAUAGAGAUGAUAAUAACGUAACAAGUACGAUAACCUUGUAUAUAAUUAAUACUAUCACAAUAAGUAGAAAUGUCCUUCAUGACAUUUUUUAUGCCAAUAACACUGUCCGACACGA